AUGCUACGAACAACCCUCCGAGCCCCAGCCCGCUUCCUCCCAUCUGGGUCCCGCGCGAUGAGCUCGCUCAAGUUCUCCACCCCGGCCCUCCCCCUCACCCCGCCCUCUGCGGAGGAAGAGACGGCGGCGUUUGAGGCUCGGGUAGCAGACAUGGAGACGUUCUUCAACCACCCCCGCUUUGCUUCUCUGAAGCGUCCAUACACCGCAGCGCAGGUCGCGUCGAAGCAGGGCUCCUUCCCCGUCCUUCCACUGCCCUCCACCCUCCUCGCAAACAAGCUCUACUCGCUCUUCGAGAAGGCACAUGCGGAGGGGAAGCCAGUGCAUACCAUGGGCGCGAUUGACCCUGUGCAGAUGACCCAGAUGGCGCCGCAUCAAGAGGUCGUAUAUGUCAGUGGCUGGGCCGCCUCGAGCGUGCUCACGACCGGGAAUAACGAAGUCGGUCCGGAUUUGGGAGACUACCCUUAUACUACGGUGCCAAACCAGGUUCACCGGCUGUUCCGCGCACAGCAGUUGCAUGACAAGAAGCACUAUGAUGAACGGUGGACUAUCGGUGCAGAGGCCCGCGCGAAGGUGCCCUACGUUGACUAUCUGCGGCCUAUCAUUGCAGAUGCAGACAUGGGACACGGUGGUCAGUCUACCGUGAUGAAACUGACUAAGCUCUUUGCGGAGUCGGGAGCCUCCGCGAUCCAUCUCGAAGACCAGCUCGUCGGCGGCAAGAAGUGCGGGCACCUCGCGGGCAAAGUGCUCGUCCCCGCGUCCGCGCACGUCGCGCGCCUCAUCGCCGCGCGCUUCCAGCUCGACCUGCUCAAGUCCACGAUGCUGCUCAUCGCGCGCACGGACGCCGAGUCCGCGAAGCUGCUCUCGAGUACCGUCGACACGCUUGACCACGAGUUCAUCCGUGGUAUCAGCACGCCUGACCGUGCCCUUGCGGAGGUGAUUGCUGCCGCGGAGGCGGAGGGUAAGACCGGCGCGGAGAUUGACACGCUUGAGGCGGACUGGCUGGCGCGGAACCCGCUUUGCACGUUCAAUGAAGCUUUCGAACACGCGUUGCAGAAGUCGAGCGUCGCUGACAAGGAGGGCGCAUUGAAAGCCUACCUCGAAGCGGUGCACGGCAAGUCGAACGCGGACGCACGGGACGUCGCCAAGGAUAUCCUCGGCGAGAACAUCUUCUGGGACUGGGACUUGCCCAAGACCCGCGAGGGUUACUACCACUACACGGGAGGCGUCGAGGCCGCUAUCCGACGCGAGCUCGCCUUCGCGCCCUACGCGGACAUGAUCUGGCUAGAGACAAAGCUACCCGACCUCGAGCAGGCGCGCUACUUCUCGCGCAAGAUCCGGGAGAAGUACCCUGGAAAGUGGUUCGUGUAUAACCUGAGCCCGAGCUUUAACUGGGCCGGACAAGGUUUCUCGGACCAGGACCUGAAGAACUUCGUUUGGGACCUCGGCAAGGAAGGCUUCGUCCUCCAACUCAUCUCGCUCGCCGGCCUCCACCUGAACGCCGUUGCUGCUGCGGAGCUCGCACGGCAGUACAAGACCGAGGGCAUGCUCGCCUACGUCAACCUCGUCCAGAAGAAAGAGAAGGAGAUCGGGUGCGACGUGCUCACGCACCAGAAGUGGAGCGGCGCGAACUACAUCGACCGCAUCCUCACCACGAUCUCCGCGGGCUCCUCGAGCACGUCCGCCGUCGGCAAGGACUCCACCGAGCACUCCUUCUAGAUACGCACAAACAUCACACCCAAUCUAGCUGGACCUCACCUCGCGUGGCGGGGAAACAUGUAUUGUUUUGCGCGUGUGCUACGCACGGUCUACUCGCGGAAUAUAUUAAUAAAACAUGUCGACUGGGGAGUGCAGUGCGGGGGAAAUGUACGACGGCGAUAUCGAUAGAGCGGGAGUGGUCAGAAUAGUAGUAAUGCUGGGUCGGUACGGUACGGGUAAGGAAUAUACAAAGCGACGCUACAUCGGCGGAACCCACAAAGCAAGUGUGCACCCAAGGUGCUGGCGGUCAGAAUAGGGCCGCGCCGCGGCCAAAUAUACGGGGAUCCGAGGCUGGGGGCCGCGACCUGGGGGACGACAGAGCGAGAGAGCCGUAUGAUCAUCAAGAAAGCAAAGUCACGUCGCGCGCUACUACUCGGACGACGACAUCGAGUUGUCCAUCGCGUGGUAUGGAUACGACAACGCCUGCGACGGCAUGAGCUUCGGCGAGACGAUCUCGAACUGCGACUCGUCCAAGCUUGGCCGGCUGUCGUAGGAGUCGCCCGACGUGCGCGGCACGCUGAGCGCGGAGCCGUUCCGCGGUGGUGACGCCCCCGCCAUGAGCCGCGAGGGUGCCCGGGACGAUGAGGAGUCGGUCGAGGAGAUGCUUGGCCGCUGGCGCGACGUCACGGAUAUGCGCCCACUCGCGUUCGAUAGCUGUGACUGGCGGCUAUUUGAACGGGACUGGCUGGCGAGGUGCUCGGGGAGUGCUGGACUGCGCGGGAUGUCGACGAGUGUCAUCGAAGAAGUGACGCCCGAAGCGCGCUUCAUAACAGACCCAAGCUCAACGACACUGCCCUUGCGCCGCCGGGUCUCUUGCACCAUCUCAGAACUAGAGCGGGGAGUCUGGCCGAUUGAAGAGGAAGACGAGUGUGUUGAGAGGCUCCCCGAUUGCGACUUGAAAGACUUCAGGAUCGACUUACGUGCACCUUUCUCGCCCUGCAUCAACCCGGCAGGGGCAGACGCGGGCAGCGGGGGCGUCAUCGCCGGCGGCAUGGAAGGG